GUGUCAUCUAAACGGUGCAUUUACUUUUAAACUUAAUUAAUAUUUUUAAAAAAAAAAACCUCUGGUGGAUACAACAAGAGCUGAUGAGCCAUUUGUCCAGCAGCAUUUGUUAAGAUGUUUGCGUCUUUCGCUCUGUGCAUCGCUGCUGGCCAUCGACAUUUGAUUGCACGUCGACAUCGGAACAGCUGCUGUGAUUUGGUCGUCCGUGAUAACGGAAGAGCCUGAUGGUUUCCGAUCGACGAGCAAACGGAUCAAUUCGUAGAGAAACAUAGAACCAGUGUACAUCAACGAAGAGUUCAAAAAGCAAACCGAACUCGUCAUGAUGGGCCUUUGGUGGUUCUUUUCUAUGAUGUUCAUAUCGCCAUUGCUCGUGUACAGUCGAACCCAGGUGUCAAACUCCAAGUCUGCCUUCAAUUUCACAUGGCCUACUAAGAAGGCCGCGGAAGUGGAAGGUGAUCUCAUUCUCGGUGGUCUCAUGAUGGUCCAUGAAAGACACGAAGACAUCACCUGUGGACCUGUCAUGCCACAAGGUGGCAUUCAGGCCUUGGAGACAAUGUUGUUCACCAUCGAUCAAAUUAAUCCGAUCCUGUCCAACGAAUCCGGAUUCACCAUCGGCGCCCACAUCCUCGACGACUGCGACAAAGACACUUACGGACUGGAACAGGCCGUCGCUUUUAUCAAAGGUUCCAUUAGCAAUAUCGAUGACACGGAAUACAAAUGUCUGGAUGGAACUGUACCGGAUGUGAGGAAUAAAGUUAUUUCGGGAGUGGUAGGCGCCUCAUCGUCGGGAACGUCCAUCCAAGUGGCAAAUCUUUUGCGACUCUUCAAAAUCCCCCAGGUUUCCUUCUUCUCGUCGAGUCCCGAGCUGAGUAACAAGCAACGAUUUGAAUAUUUCACGCGGACUAUUCCAUCCGACCAUCACCAAGUAAUGGCCAUCGUCCAGAUGAUUCGAUUCCUCAAAUGGACCUACAUUUCUAUCCUCUACGAAGAAUCCACGUACGGUAUCAAGGCAUUUGAGGAGCUGGAAGUGCUGCUGGCCAAGAACAACAUUUGUAUCGCCGUCAAGGAGCGGCUGGUGAAGGAUUCGGGCGUGGCCAGCGAAGCGGCCUACAAUGGCAUUGUUCACAAGUUGAACUCGAAACCGAAAGCGAAAGGUGUCAUUAUUUUCGGGUCGGACCAGGAAGUGUCGGGAGUGAUGCGAGCUGUUCGACGCAACAAUCUGACGGCCAAUUUCAACUGGAUCGGAUCUGAUGGAUGGGCUGGCCGGCUGCUCGUCUCCGAAGGAAAUGAACCAGAAGUCGAAGGCACUUUGGCUUUUCUUCCGCAAGCUCAUCCCAUUAGGGGAUUCGAUAAUUACUUUCUCUCGCUCACGCCGCUCAACAACAAACGCAAUCCCUGGUUCAUUGAAUUCUGGGAAAACCAUUUCCAGUGUCGGUACCCAUCCAGUCCACCAACUCCUUACAAUCAGGAUUGGCAUAGGACGUGCACCGGUCAAGAGAAACUCACGCCCGAAAGCGUUGAGUUCGAAGGCCAACUGCAAUACGUUUCCGACGCUGUCUUGGCCUUCGCCAAUGCUUUCAAAGAUAUGCACCAGACCUUAUGUCACGGCCGUAAGGGUCUGUGCAAAGAAAUGGUUCCUAUUGACGGUAGCGAACUGCUCAAGUAUCUCAGAAGAGUCGAAUUCACAGGAUUGAGUGGUGAUCGUUUCCAAUUCGACGAUUUCGGAGAUGGACCUGCUCGUUAUGAUCUCAUUCAUUUCAAGCAAGUCUCGCCCGGUCGAUAUCGAAGGCUCCGCAUUGGUGAAUACCACUCUGGACAACUAAAGCUUGAUACGAAUGAGCUACGAUUCCGAGGCGAUCGGUCAACGCCACCCGAGUCCAUUUGCAGCCGGCCGUGCAACGCUUCGCAGGCGAAAAAGUACGUGGAAGGCGAAGGUUGCUGCUGGACGUGCGUCGAAUGCAUUCUCUAUCAGAUCCGAAAUCCAGAUGACGAAACGCAAUGCUCAGCUUGUCCGCUAGGCACUCUACCCAAUGCAGAACGGAAUCAAUGUCUGCACAUUCCUGAGGUUUACCUUCGACCCGAUACCGGCUGGGCCAUUGGAGCCAUGUCAUUUUCGGCUGUUGGCAUCCUACUCACCUUCGCAGUUUUAGGGGUGUUUUGUCAACACAAUGACACGCCAGUGGUGCGAGCAUCUGGAAGAGAAUUGAGUUACGUCCUUCUCAGUGGCAUCCUUCUCUGCUACAUGGUCUCCUUCCUGUUUGUCCUGCGACCAACGGACGUCGUUUGCGGCGUCCAGCAGACAGCCAUUGGGCUGUGUUUCAGCGUCGUCUACGCCGCGUUGUUCACCAAAACAAAUCGCAUCGCCCGCAUUUUCCGCGGUGGCAAGAAAUCCGCCGGACGACCGGGACUCAUCUCUCCUAAAUCGCAAUUGGCCAUAUGUGGUGGGCUGGUCAGCGUCCAAGGACUCAUUUUGCUGGCCUGGCUGUGGGUCUCUCCGUCGGUGGCUAAACACGUCCAUCCGACACGUGAAGACAAUUUGCUCGUGUGUUCCUCUUUCACCGACGCUUCGUACAUGAUGGCGUUUGCAUAUCCGAUUCUUUUGAUUCUUCUGUGCACCGUCUACGCCGUCGUGACACGCAAAAUACCGGCCGCCUUUAACGAGUCAAAGUACAUUGGGUUCACCAUGUACACAACGUGCGUCAUCUGGCUGGCCUUUGUGCCCAUCUACUUCAGUACGGCGAGCAAUUUGCCGCUAAGGAUCACCAGCAUGAGCGUCACCAUCAGUUUGAGCGCCACCGUCACGCUGGCCUGCCUCUUUUCUCCGAAACUUUACAUCAUCAUCUUCCACCCCGAGCGCAACGUCCGUCAAGCUUUGACUGUGCCGACGUCGAAAUCAUCGGUUCACCACAAAAACUCGAACCAGCCUUCAAACAACGGCCAUUUACUGAAUGGUGCGAGUAAGACGACCGAAUCAGUGAAGGGAUUGAUGGCAUCGUCUGCUGUCCACCAACCGUCGCCGACGGCUUCGUUGUCUUCGUCGACGAUGCCGCCGCAACAGCAGGUGAUGUUUCCCGCAGCUCAUCUGCAGAUGGAAGUUGUUCCAGGCCAGCAGUACGACGGUGACCUGACUGUCAAAGUGAUGACCAAUAGCGGCCCGAUUUCCGUUUCUCGAAUUCAUUUGACGGACAAGAUUCAUCAAUCCGAUGUGAGCGAUAGAAAUCACAGAACACCUUUUCGACACGUUUCCCUUUAAAAACAAAUGAUCUCAACUAGCGCAAAAAAGGGGCAGUUUGUGAGUAUAUAUCUACCACGUCUCUUACAUUGGUGGUUGAUUUAUAGAAUAUCAUAUCUCUCUCGCGCCUAUAUUCUGAAAUUGUUUGCCUGUAUCUCUUUGAAUGUGUAAAAUCUAAUCAAACAUUAAUUCUUUUCUUUCACACUAAUGUGUAUUGCCUUUUUGUAGGAAAAAGAAGAAAAAAAAAAAAAACAAGUGCCGAAGUUGUAUAAAACAUUUUGGCGCUAAAUUAGCAAUGUACAAUUUCAAAAAAAUCUCUAGUAAA